GGACUGGUACGCCUUAUCUGUUUACAACCUAAUUAAGAGUCAUAUCACUUCUAACCACCGAGUGUCGGUAGGUUUGGGGCUCUGCGAUGGCUGAUUACGAGGAGAGCAGGGAGGAAGUCCCUCCCUCUUCCCUCCCUCUGCUUGGGGGACAUGAAGCUCAGAACCUCGAGCAGCCGCAGAGACCGGACCCUCCUGGACCGAGCUGUGUGUCCCUGAGGAGUGAUCGGUCCAUGAUUGAACCUUAUGAAUUCAGGGAAGAGCAUCUCUCUGCACAGGAGAGCUGUGUGUUCAUGAGGAGUGACUGGUCCAUGAUUGAACCUUAUGACUUCAAGGAGGAAGUCCACCCUACUGAGGAAAGAGUUCCAGAGCAAAGGUUAGACGUUCCUGGCAGUCAACCUGUCCAGAAGCCCCCAACAGGCUUGGAUCCUAUAUUCAUGCAUCUCCGGGAGAACAUCGACGCUUUAGUGACGAAAGAGCUGAAACAGUUUCAGCAGGUACUGAGUCCUAAUUAUUCAGAGGUCUUGGAUCAGCCAUGUGUGGAUGAGGAGGAAGUAGAAGAGCAGAGGAGCAGCAGAGAGGCUUUUCUGAAGAUCACUUUGAACCUCCUUAGGAAAAUGAAGCACAAUGAUCUGGCUGACUCUCUGCAGAACAGAACUCGUGCUGCAGUAUGUCAACGUCAAGUCAAAUCAACCCUGAAGGAGAAGUUCCAGUGUGUGUUUGAGGGGAUCGCCAAAGCAGGAUACCCAACCCUCCUGAACCAGAUCUACACAGAGCUCUACAUCACAGAGGGAGGGACCGGAGAGGUCAAUGAUGAACAUGAGGUCAGACUGAUCGAAGCAGCAUCCAGGAAACCAGAAGGACUAGAGAUCAGACAUCAGGACAUCUUUAAACCCUUACCUGAGAGAGCUGGACCAAUCAGAACAGUGCUGACAAAGGGGGUCGCUGGCAUCGGGAAAACCGUCUUAACACAGAAGUUCACUCUGGACUGGGCUGAAGGCAAAACCAACCAGGACAUCCAGUUCACGUUCCCCUUCACUUUCAGAGAGCUGAAUUUGCUGAGAGAGAGAAAGUUCAGUUUGGUGGACCUGGUUCACCACUUCUUUACUCAGACCAGAGAAGCAGGACUCUGCAGGUUUGAAGAGUUCCAGGUCGUGUUUAUCUUUGACGGUCUUGAUGAGUGUCGACUUCCUCUGGACUUCCACAACAAUCAGAUCCUGACUGAUGCUACAGAGUCCACCUCAGUGGAUGUGCUCCUGACAAACCUCAUCAGGGGGAACCUGCUCCCCUCUGCUCGACUCUGGAUCACCACAAGACCUGCAGCAGCCAAUCAGAUCCCUCCUGAGUGUGUUGACAUGGUGACAGAGGUCAGUGGGUUCACUGACCCUCAGAAGGAGGAGUACUUCAGGAAGAGGUUCAGAGACCAGGACCAGGCCAGCAGAAUCAUCUCCAACAUCAAGACAUCCCGAAGCCUCCACAUCAUGUGCCACAUCCCGGUCUUCUGCUGGAUCACUGCUACAGUUCUGGAGGAUAUGCUGAAGACCACAGAGGGAGGAGAGCUGCCCAGGACCCUGACUGAGAUGUACAUCCACUUCCUGGUGGUCCAGUUCAAACUGAAGAGCAUCAAGUAUGAUGGAGGAUCUGGGACCGAUCCACUCUGGAGUCCAGAGAGCAGGAAGAUGAUCCAGUCUCUGGGAAAACUGGCUUUUGAGCAUCUGCAGAAAGGGAACCUGAUCUUCUAUGAGUCCGACCUGACAGAGUGUGGCAUCAAGAUCAAGGAGGCCUCAGUGUACUCAGGAGUGUUCACACAGAUCUUCAGAGAGGAGAGAGGACUGUACCAGGACCAGGUGUUCUGCUUCAUCCACCUGAGUGUUCAGGAGUUUCUGGCUGCUCUUCAUGUCCAUCUGACCUUCACCAACUCUGGAGUCAACCUGAUGGAAGAACCAUCAACAUCCUGGUGGCGGUGGUGGUGGUUUCUGUUCCGAAACAAACCUCAACCCAAUCCUUUGUACCAAAGUGCUGUAGAAAAGGCCUUACAGAGUCCAAAGGGACACCUGGACUUGUUCCUCCGCUUCCUCUUGGGUCUCUCACCUCAGACAAAUCAAGCUCUCCUGCAAGGUCUAGUGAUGGACUCAGAGAGUACCUUACAGACCUAUCAGGAAACAGUUGGGUACAUCAAGAAGAAGAUCAGUGAGGAUCUGUCUCCAGAGAGAAUCAUCAACCUGUUCCACUGUCUCAAUGAGCUGAAUGAUCGUUCUGUAGUGGAGGAGAUCCAAAAGUAUCUGAGACAAGGAAGUCUCUCCACUGGUGACCUGUCUCCUGCUCAGUGGUCAGCUCUGGCCUUCAUCUUACUGUCAUCAGAGAGAGAUCUGGACGUGUUUGACCUGAAGAAAUACUCUGCUUCAGAGAGGGUUCUUCUGAGGCUGCUGCCUCUGGUCAAAGCCUCCAACAGAGCUCUGCUGAGUGGCUCUAGUCUAUCAGAGAGAAGCUGUGAAGCUCUGGCCUCAGUCCUCAGCUCACCGUCCUCUAAUCUGAAAGAGCUGGACCUGAGCAACAACGACCUCCAGGACUCAGGAGUGAAACUGCUCUCUGCUGGACUUCAAAGUCCACACUGUCGACUGGAGAUAAUCAGGCUGUCAGGCUGUCUGAUCACAGACAAAGGCUGCACUUCUCUGGCCUCAGCCCUCACAUCAAACCCCUCCCAUCUGAGAGAGCUUGACCUGAGCUACAAUCAUCCAGGAGCAACAGGAGCGAAUCUGCUGUCUGCAGGACUCAGUGAUCCACUUUGGAGACUGGACACUCUCAAGGUGGACCAUAAUGAGGAGCAGUGGCUCAGACCUGGUCUGAAGAAGUAUGCCUGUGAACUCACCCUGGACACAAACACUGCAAACAGAAACCUCAGACUGUCUGACAACAACAGGAAGGUGACCAUAACGACAGAGAAGCAGUCGUACCCCGACCAUCCGGACAGAUUUGACUACUGCGCUCAGCUCCUGUGUGCAACUGGUCUGACUGGUCACUGUUACUGGGAGGUGGAGUGGAGAGGAAAAGUUUAUAUAUCAGUGACCUACAGAGCAAUCAGUAGGAAAGGACGAGACGGUGCCGACUGCAGGUUUGGAGGAAACAAACAGUCCUGGAGUCUGAGGUGUUCUGAGGAGGACGGUUUCUCUGUGUGGUACAACAACAGACAGAGAAGUCUCUCCUCCUCCUCCUCCUCCUCCUCCUCCUCUCACAGAGUAGCAGUGUAUGUGGAUUAUCCUGCUGGCUCUCUGUCCUUCUACAGCGUCUCCUCUAACACAAUGAUCCACCUCCACACCUUCAGUACCUCCUUCACUGAGCCUCUGUAUGCUGGCUUCAGGUUGUGGCCUGAGUCCUCAGUGUCUCUGUGCUCACUGCAGAAGGAGGAAUCUCCUCUGUAGAGAAAGACUUGCACACAAAUGCACAUUAAGUUGGCACAAACAGGAGCAUUGUAUGUAUUUGAUUUCUAAUUUUCUUCUUGCAUGUAUGUAUUAGUUUUUUUAUUGUUGAGAGCAAUUUAUCUGAUUAUUUUACACUUGACUGUGGCUCCGCCCCCUUUUGGUGAAAGCUGUCUAUCUAAAAUCGACCGGAGGUAAAUGGAAACACGGAGGUUGGCAUGAGUUUAUUUUCUCUUUGAACCUUUGUUAUUGUGCACACUGUACUGCAUAUGAUAUUCUAUUAUUCUAGUUGGGG